GAACAAAAAUUAUGAAAAUAGCCAAAGGAGUUGAUAUCCAGCGGAAAACUCUUGAUGAGAGGAAAGAAAAUGAUACCAAGAGAUUGAUGGAAUUACUAGAUGAUUGUGACAUUUUUAGAGGAGAAGAAACAACAAAUAUGUUCCAGAGAGCUGGCAUAACCUAUCUGUCCAUUCUCCAGGCGAUACAACUGCAAGACCAUAUGUAUCUUGGGUCAUUGCAAACUAUGUGACAACUGAGUAAUGAAGAAAUGUCUAUACUCUCUUAUAAUGUACUACGAAGGCUGAAAGAUCAAGAGCAUAAUGAGUCAAUGCUUGGGGAAUACGGACCACAAUUUUAUUCAGCUUUGAGACCUCCGAUGAACUCAAUGCCAGGACCUGGAGGAUUUCCAAUGCACCAAUUUUACCGAGACCAGAACAUUAACCAAGGUAUGAACCCGAUGAUUUAUGAUCAUUUAACUCGGGAUCAACAAUAUCCUGCACAAUUCAUUGGGAUGCCAUACCAAAAUAUGCCUUACUAUAUUGAACAAUUAAACCACAACACUACGGUUUACAAUAAUUUAAGCAAUGAACAAAUGAAGAUGGGGAAGGCCUCAUCAAAGUCAAAGAAGUCAGGAAAGAAGUCAACUGCAACAGAUACUUCCACCAAGGAAUUGGAUGACUCCACAAUAGCUGGAACCAAAGAGAAAGAUUCUGGGAACACAAGAAGUUAUAUGAAGGAUGACUCAGUGGAAAUGAAUAAUAUUUCAAGCCAGCUGAAAGAUCUCGUUGAUAUUAGCCCUUACUUCUAUUCAAAUGCAAUGAAUCUCGCUUAUAUGCCAUCUGAUGGCAAGAAGGCAGAAAAGCUGAAGAAAAGGGAUCAGAAAGAUAUCCUUAAACAAGCAUAUGGAAUUAUGCCACCUAAGGACCCAAGGAUGCUGACCAAAGCCAGCACAUUGCACAAGGGUAGACCUAUUUAGGUAUGGAAACUACAGAAGUAUUAGCCUAAUAUCCUACGAUGAGAGAGCUGAUCCUCCAAAAUCAGGGGAAGAUAUCUUUUACCCAGGAAGAGGAUUUCGAUCGGUUAAUGAUCUCAAUGACGCCUUAGAAAGAUACAAAAUUUUUGGAUUUUCAUUGAUCAAGAAAAAGACUGAAGUAAAGAGAGGAAGAUAUGAACUCCGAUGCCAGUACCAUAGUGAGAGGAAGAAGAAAUCAAUCUUUGCAGACGAAGACGAUAAAAUAUUCCAGCCAUGAUCUGUUCAUGUUUAUAUUGACAAGCUUAAGGUGAAGAAUAUUUAUCUCCAGCACAACCACCAACCUGAGUUUGUUGCUAAUCCUACAAGAAGAGUAAAGAGUCAGAAGAAAAGGGUGAUCCAAUGAAGGAGGAAUACAAACUGGAUCUAGACAACUAAUUUUUUCAAUAUAUUGUAUCUUAAAU